ACGUCACCGCCGCGCGCCGCUCCCCGCGUCCUCGCAAGGUCGCCGUGUGCCGCGGCCGCGCUUGGCGACAUGACGGGGUACACGCCGGAUGAGAAGCUGCGGCUGCAGCAGCUGCGGGAGCUGAGAAGGCGAUGGCUGAAGGACCAGGAACUCAGCCCCCGGGAGCCUGUGCUGCCCCCGCGGAAGAUGUGGCCCAUGGAGGCUUUCUGGAAUAACUUCCUGCGGGACGGCGCCGCGUGGAAGAAGUCGAUCCAUAAUGCAUACCGGUCCAGUGUUUUUGCUGUUGCUAAUGUACUUAUACCUCUCUGGCUUGUUCAUUAUUACAUCAAAUACCAUGUAUCUCAAAAACCAUAUGGCAUUGUUGAAAAGAAGCCCAGAAUAUUUCCAGGUGAUACAAUUCUGGAGACUGGAGAAGUAAUCCCACCAAUGAAAGAUUUUCCUGAUCAGCAUCACUAAGGAUAACUUAAAAUUUUCAGGGACCUAUCUUAUAUUGCUGUAAUUUACUCAAUCUAUUUACUCAAAAACUAAUAAAGUUUAAUCUUAGAAAA